CUUCCCUCCAUCUCUCUUCCUUUUUAUUUAUUUUUUAUUUCCUUCCCAUCUCUUUGAAAAAAAAAAUUUAAGCACAGCACAAAAACCAAACACACACAAAAAAAGAAAAAAAAAAAAAAGAAGAAGAAGAAAAUGGAAGAGGAAAGAUCACUCUCACUUCUUCAGUUAAUGGUGAAUGAAGGACUGGUGCCAUCUCCAGAAGAAGAAGAGAAUAGGAAAAUUGUCAUUGAAAAACUUAAACAAAUUGUAGUGGCGUGGGUUAAGCGAGUAGCUUGGCAACGUCGGCUUCCUAAACAAGACAUAGCUGCUAGCAGUGCUACCUUAUUAACAUAUGGCUCUUAUGGCCUUGGGGUUCAUGGUUCAGAGUCAGACAUCGAUGCUUUAUGUGUUGGUCCUUACUUUGCCACCAUCGUAGAUGAUUUCUUUAUUGUUCUAUAUAACAUGCUUAAGAGCAGACCUGAGGUAUCUGAGAUUCAUUGUGUGAAGGAUGCAAAAGUCCCACUAAUGCGUUUUGAGUUCGAUGGAAUCUCGAUAGAUCUUCCCUUUGUGCAGCUUAAAGUUUUAGCUGUUCCAGAGAAUUUAGACAUUUUAAAUCCUGUGUUUUUGAGAGAUAUCGAUGAAACUGGUUGGAAAAGCUUGUCCGGGGUGCUAGCAAACACACGGAUUUGUCGGCUUGUUCCAGACUUGGAGAAAUUCCAGUCAAUGUUACGAUGUGUCAAAUUUUGGGCAAAGAGACGAGGAGUGUAUGGUAAUCUAAAUGGGUUUCUUGGAGGAAUUCAUUUGGCAAUUCUUGCUGCUUUUGUUUGUCAGUGUGAUCCACAUGCGGGUUUGAGUGCUCUAAUUUCACAUUUCUUCAAAACAUUUGCUUUCUGGCCUUGGCCUAGACCGGUUGAACUGCAAGAAGGAACGUUACAUCCUACUCUAAACCCCACAGAGACGAGGUUAUAUAUGCCCAUUCGGUUGCCAUUUAGUCCUUAUGAAUAUUGCCAUUCAAACAUCACCAAAAGCACAUUCUAUAAAAUCAGAACUGAGUUUCUUCGUGGCCAUAACUUAACCAAGGAUCUUCUGAAGUUUGAUUUUGAUUGGCACAAUGUAUUGGAGCCUUUUCCUUACACAAAGAAAUAUGCUCGGUUUCUCAAAAUUUUUCUUUCGGCUUCCAAGCAGGAUGAGCUUGGAGACUGGGUGGGUUGGAUAAAGUCUCGCUUCCGCUGUCUUCUCUUCAAGCUAGAGGAGGUACAGGGUCUUUGUGACCCUAAUCCCGCAGAACACAUCGAUGUCAACAUAGCAGACCCACAUGUCAUUUUCUACUGGGGCUUACAAGCAGGCAAAACUAAUGCCAUAGACAUCAAAUCCGUCAAGGAUGUUUUCUGGAGGAAUAUCAGUACCGGGUAUCAAGGCCCUUUCGGAAAAAUGGAGUUAUCUAUUGUGCAAGCCUCUCAAGUUCCCAAGUCUGCUCAAUUCGAUACCUUGAGCCGGAAAAGAACAAAAGCUUGUUGGAAGAUGAUGGACUACCAUCAACGAAGGAUCCCUAUAUACUCGCAGCAUGUUCCGCAGUAUAUUGUUGGGUACGUAUCGACAAAUGGGGACCCUGAGUACCCAAAUGCUGGGGUAUAGAAUUUAGCUACCCUGGUUUUACAAAUUGGCUUUUACAUUUUCAUGGUUGCCUAGUUCAUAUGAAAUUUAUAACAAGAUAGGGAAGUGCAUGAUUGCGUUUUACUGAAAAUGAAUGCUGAAGGCUAGAAACCCAAAGGGGUAUUCUUUUGUAUCUUUUGCACUUUUACACUUUCCAAAGUAAAAAGAAUACCCCUUUGGGGUCUUCUCCAAUAUUUUCUUUAUAA